AUGCAGUUGAUGACGAUGACUGGUGUGGCUUUGGUGCUUUUGUUUGGAUCCUCGAUCGCGCGAGAUGCGGCGGCAGCCACAGUGGACGUGUUGGUGCUCAGCGAUGAGGAGUGUCCGUGGAUCGCGACCCUGGCUGAUGCCAUGGCCGCCGUCAACCUCAGUGUAGCUUGGACAAACACGACCCUGCUGCUUGAUGAUCCCGGCGACACGCUUGCAAGCCUCAAAGCCACUGGGUACCUGGUGCUGACCAACGUCACGACAUUUGCUCCUGCCCUCGCACCCGUCUACGAACGCUAUGCUCGCGCAGGUGGUCAGCUGGCGCUUCUUGGUGGUGCUAUGCCCACCCGCUGGUUCAAUCAAUCGGUCUUUACUCUCAAUGCCCCGAUUGACCACUGUACCUAUACCAUGUCCCAGGUAUCUCGCGUCGUGGAUGUCCAAACACCAGACUCGCGAGGCCUAGACUUUACCCAGCCGCUGGUCGGUGUUUCAGCCCUUGCCUUUGCUGGGCCGGGCCAAAUGACCUAUCUUCCACGCCUCGAAGCACGAGAUGUCUAUAAUCGUACCCUGGGCUGGGCUCUGAGUUCCGCCUACUUUGCUCCCAACGCCCACUUUCCCAACGCCACCUGGCACCUCUGCGGCAUGGCCUCUCCCGAAUUUUACACACCCGAGUUCCUGACCUCCUACCUAGUCCCCUUGCUCGCAUCGCCACGCCAAACCUCACAAACGACCUCAGCCUCGACAUCAAAAACAAGCCAUGCCUUGGGUCAAGUACCCACCUCAACACUUCCACCCUUGGCCGCCGUCUGCAGCAGCUCGGACGGGCACCUCCGCUUCUGUGCCAAUGCCACGCGCUAUUUCAUGGUUGGUGCCAACUUAUACCGAGCCUUUGACAACAGGCUGUCUUCUGCUGAUGUGGAGAGCAAUCUGCGACGCGCCCAUGCGCUCGGACUCAAUACAUUGCGUCUCUUUAACUUUGCUGACUGGGUCACCACGGCACCAAACGCCACGGAUAACCUGUUGCAGCUCCGUACGCUAUGCCGAACCUACGGCAUUCGGGUCAUAUUCACCCUCGACUAUGACCCCAAGAUCUUCCCGGCCAAUGCCUCCCUAGAUCAAAUUGCCGCCCGCGCGUCUGCAUUGGGCCGCGUGCUUCGAGAUGAAGACUGGAUCCUGGCCUAUGACUUGGGCAAUGAGCCCUACUUUUGGGAGCUGGCUUCCUUUCGCCUCGCGAAUAAUACUGAUCAGACACUUCAUCAGCGCUACCCUUACGAUCAGCACGGCAACGCCUCCAUAGCCAAUUACCUGGCCUGGCUCAAUCCUGGCGACAGUAGUCAAUUUCAAAAUCUACACCACGGCCUGCCCGUUCCCACAAACUUCUUGCCAGCCGUGCAGGACGUGGACAACAUCUAUCGUGCUUGGGCCAACGCCAAGGCAGGCGGGCUGCACUCUGCCGGCGACCAGCACAUGAUCACCAUCGGGUACAACACGCUCUACGGCCUCCGCCCCUGGAAUGCAGCCCUCCUCAACUUUAGCAACCACCAUGUAUAUCCCAACGGCCCCAACUACCAUACGCUCAACAACUUUAGCAUGGCUGCGGGCGUUCCCACAACCCUUGACCGCUUGCUCGCCAACUGGGCCGCCCUCGACCUCAACCACAGCGUGACCCUGGGGGAGUUUGGCCUGAGCGAAGGUGAUGACGUUCCCUGCAGCGCCACUCAACUCACUGGGUGUAACAUCACCACCGCCGAAUCCACCCUGUACGACUCGUUGCUAUGGCUCUAUGCCCUGGCCACCAACACGGAUGGUGCCAACCGCUGGCGCAUGAACGACAUACCCCUACCCUUGGCGGCUGAACUUGAUAGUUACAUCGGAAGCAUUCAAACCAAUUACGCCAAGUAUCGACAAGAAUCUUAUUUCGGCCUGUUUCUGGCCGACAAUACCCUUGAUGGCCGGCCCAAAACACUUGCGUUCUGGCUGCAGUUCUUUACCGCCUACUUACGAGCUCGCUUUCCACACCACCCCACCCUCAACAUGACCCUGCACAGCGACGAGGGCCUGCUGAACAUUGCCUACUCUGCCCACGGUGCCCAGUCGACUUUUUGCGGAGGCACGGGCCCUCAAACAUGUGGCCCAGGCUUGCAAGCAGCGCCGAUUAACACCCUGCACCCAGAACAACAGGCGCUCGCGUUGACGAUUGGCGCGUUUGGUGUCGGUCGCAAUAUGUGCAUCGAGGGGCAUCUUCACUUUGCAAAGCUAUAUCUAAUUGACUUUGUUGCUGAGAACAAGAAGACUGCUUUUCAGAAAUGCUCGAAUAUGUCGGGCGAGAAAGAAUCGGUGAAAAGGUGGCUAUUCGCGCAGUGGCGACAGCUGUAAUGAAAAAGCUUUCACACCUCGUGCCAAGAUAAAGGAGAUGAGGUCGGAGGCUCGAGUGCGAUCAGUGAUCUGCCUUGAACUCUCUCGGACUUAUGAGCAAAUCGACAGAUGCUCUUCAGGUGGACAAUCGUGACUUGUUGGCAGCUGCUGCACGAGAGUCUGUUGCUUGUCGUUCUCGUACGGCAUGAAGAUCUCAAUGAAGCUCUUCAAGAAGCGUGAGAAUCCGCAAUUCACGGCCAGACGAUGUGGAGCCCAAGAUGUGGAUGUAAGAGAAAAUAAAGUAACCAACCGUGUUGAGUUCAAAAUUGGAGUCCGUUGUGCUUGUAAACGUGUUAACAAGCAAGGACAACGUUGCUGUAUCAUUUGUUUUUUUUUUUUUUUUCGUUUUUUUUUCUUAUUUUCGACUGAAGCCCUGACAAGAAGC